AUGCAUAUCGCUGCCGUCCUAGAGAUCGAAGGCGAGCUGAUCCCGGCGCUGCGCAGCCUGCGGACGGCACUACAGGCCAAGGUGGACGACUUCGAGGCCAAGAAGAUCAUCAAGAUUGGGCGCACCCACCUGCAGGACGCCACCCCCCUGACGCUGGCGCAAGAGUUCAGCGGCUACGUCGCGCAGCUCGACUUCGGCAUCAAGCGCGUUGAGAGCUCGCUACCAGACCUGCGUCUCCUGGCGCAGGGCGGCACCGCAGUCGGGACGGGUAUCAACACGUUUGAGGGCUUCGCCGAGGGGAUCGCGGAGGAGGUCAGCAAGAUGACAGGCACCGAGUUUAAGACGGCGCCAAACAAGUUCGAGGCGCUGGCGGCGCACGAUGCCAUCGUGCAGGCGCACGGCAGCCUCAACACGCUUGCGGCAUCGCUCAGCAAGAUUGCGCAGGACAUCCGCUACCUGGGCAGCGGCCCGCGCUGCGGACUCGGCGAGUUGGUGCUGCCCGAGAACGAGCCUGGGAGCUCCAUCAUGCCCGGCAAGGUCAACCCGACGCAGUGCGAGGCGCUCACCAUGGUGUGCGCGCAGGUCAUGGGCAACCACGUGGCGUGCACCAUCGGCGGCAUGAACGGCCAGUUCGAGCUCAACGUCUAUAAGCCGCUGGUGAUCCGCAACCUGUUGCACAGCGUCCGGCUGCUAUCGGACGGCAUGCGUAGCUUUGAGCGCAACCUGGUGGUUGGGCUCCAGGCGAACGAGGAGAAGAUUGCUAGCAUCAUGAAGGAGUCGCUUAUGCUGGUUACGUGCCUCAACCCCAAGAUCGGCUACGACAUGGCCAGCAAGGUGGCCAAGAACGCGCACAAGAAGGGCUUGACGCUCAAAGAGAGCGCCAUGGAACUGAAGGCGCUAACUGAGGAGGAGUUUGACACCCUCGUCAAGCCUGAGCUCAUGGUCGGCCCCAAGCCGUAUAAGGGUUAA